UAUGUUUGAACGCGGUGUUUAUUCGCGAGAUUCGCGAUCAAAACAUGUUUCGUACUCUGCGCAGUAAUUUACCUGAUUGAAUUUCAUAAUUAAAACCCUCCGAAACUUACUGGAAUUAACUAAUAAAAAAAUUAGCGAAGUCUGAAUAGUUUGAAUAGUGAAUUUUAUUUGUUUGUUUAGUGAAUUCUGUGUAAAUCUCAAUCAUGGAUGAUCAAGCGUGUCCACGUUGUAAAACAACAAAAUAUCGAAAUCCGUCUUUAAAAUUGAUGGUCAAUAUUUGUGGACAUACAUUAUGUGAAAGCUGUGUCGAUUUACUGUUUUUGAAAGGUUCCGGCUCAUGUCCAGAAUGCAAUAUAGUCCUUCGCCGAACAAAUUAUCGAGUCCAACUAUUCGAGGAUCCUAUGGUAGAAAAAGAAAUAGACAUAAGAAAACGAGUGCUGCGUGACUUUAACAAAAAAGAAGAAGACUUCGCCAGCCUCCGAGAUUACAAUGACUAUCUCGAAGAAAUUGAGACCAUAGUUUUUAAUCUUUCCAACAAUAUUGAUAUCAUUGAAACAAACAAAAAAAUCGAACAAUACAAACGCGACAACAGAGAACAAAUACUAAAAAACAAAUCCAAAUUAAAUCAAAAAGAAAUUGAACUCGAUGAACUGAUACAAAUCGAGAAACAGCAGGAGGAAGAAAAAAUGAUAGAAUUAGCUCAACAGGAUUUAGAGAUCGAAAAAAAUAAAAUACGCGAAAAAGAGGCACUCAUACAAGAGCUUAUGUUUUCCGAAGGUAAUGCCGAUAGUAUCGUGAAGACUUUUGCUUCGGCAAUUCAGGCUUCGAAGGAAGAAAAGAAAAUUGCUCCCGUACAAAAGGUUACACAAUUUAGUUCUGGAAUUAAAUUCGGAAAUCAAGCCGGACACAAUUUUAUGCCAUUGCCAAAAGUCGACGAUGGUCCACUAUUUAAUUACGAGCCAAUUGUGCAGGACGUUGAUGGACCUUCACCACCUGAUUGUCGAGAAUUACAAAUUCGAGGUUAUAUCAAUCACAUUAGACCCGAGAAUCCAGCUGAAAGAGCUGGUGGUUUUAAGGCGAAUAUCGCUUGUCUCAGAGCUCUCCAGGAAGCAAUGGUCGGUUUGUAUCAUAAUCCUCUGGAAAAACAAAAUGAGGCGAUGUUCAUUUGACCGUUCGAAUGGACCUAGGUGUUUUUUUAUCAGAUAUAAGUUUCAAAUAUUAAAUUUGAACUUGUAAAAAAACUUAAAAAAAUAUUAAAAGUCUUUCCCUAAAGUUUUGAACGUUAUGAACGAAAUAUUGUUUUUCCGUCUAAAUGACGAUCCAAGAAGUCGCGAUAAAGAAGCAAACGAAUUUAUGUUUGUAUUAGAUUUCUCUUGAUUAAAAAAUCAUUUUUUAUUAUUUAAAUUUAAAACAAGUUUACAUUGAAUAUUUUGGAUGCAACAAAGACUUCGGCAUCAAAAAUUUGUAAUUUUUUCUUCUCUUUCUGUAUUUUUGCCCCAAAAAUUAUAAAAAUAACUUAAUUAUUUUUUGCUUCUUAGGUUUUUCGGGAGCGCGACACAUAUUUUCAAAAAUUAUUUAACGUUUUCAAAUGAAUAAUAAUUAUUUUUAAAUGGUUUUCAAAUACUAUAAUGAAAAAUAUUGUAAAUUAAACAUUUGCUUACUCAAAAAUUUAAAUUAAUUUACAAAUAUUUUGUUUAGAAGAAUACUAAGUAACAAAAGGACAAAAAAAUGUCGUUCAUUUAAAUGUUCAAAAUUUUAGAUACGAAAUUCUAUUGAAAAAAAGACUAAAAAAUCAUUCUCCUAUUAUUUAUAAUAAUUAUUUAUUUAUUUCUAUGUAAUUGUACGUUAUGUGAAAAAAUUAUUAAUCUGUUAAAUUCUCUUCUUAAAAAAAGAUUACAUAAUUAAACAAGUUCGUAUCCUUCGUUGUAAUUGAAAUAUAAAUUUUGUUCUCAUCGUAUUUUUACUUCACUAACAUAUCGAAAAUUUGUGUAAAAUAUUAUGU